UUCCUGAUUUGACACGUGGAAGGUGUGUUGACUCAGGAAACAGAAGCGGCUGCUCAGUGCUCACUAAAUUGACCUCGCUGAAACCAACUACACCGGCAGUCAUCAUGACCUACCUGAACUUAUGAAACAAUGUAAUGUUAGAGAUUACAUUUUCACAAAUUCGUGAGUACGUUUACGUCAACGUGUUUGUCACAGACAACUUCAAUACUGUGCAGAAUUUAUCAUCCAAAACCUAGAUUGGUAACCAGCAGCAGUGCAACAAUUCUUUCUUUCAUAAUUUGUCUGGCAUCAUCAUUUGACUGAAAUUCGCAGAACAUAGGUGAGUGGUGGUUUACUUGGGAUUGAGCAUGCGUCUGUCACAGUGGCUUUACAGAUGCGCCUACAACAGUAGAGACGUUAUACUGAAAUCGGGUAUAAAUGGAUAUCCACAGCGGCGAUUCUACCAUUGUUCUGUGACACUGUUGCGCUCAGACGAAAAUAGAUCGGGACUUGGAGAGAGACAGAGACAGAGGCGUGGCGCCACGAGCCCUAUCAGCGGCCGCGACGUGCGGUCGGUGCCUGUCGGAAAACCAUCAGGGCCAGACGACUGGAAAGCCGCUAAGCGGCGUUUCGCAAAGACCGAAAACCAAGCCAAGCCGACGCGCUCAGAACCGGGGAUCCGAUCCAAAAGCAGGUUGUCGUCUGACCUCCAGCGACUGAGCCAGGACGACUUGACAGAGGAGGAGGAGGAUAUCGCAGGACAAGCCAAAGUUCGCCAGAGUACGGAGUUGCUUUUUGGCGCAGCGCCUUGCCUGCUUGCUCUCGUCGAGGGGAGGAGGGAGGUGCACCGGUUGUUCGUAAAGCAGAACAGCGCCCCCCACAGGUUAGCCCCGCAGAAGGCCUGCGAAGAGGCCCGGAAGCGCAUGGUGCCGAUCCAGGAAGUUAACCGGAAGUAUCUGGACAGGCUGUGCUCAGCCAGCGUUCACCAGGGCCUGUGUCUGGAAGCAUCUCCCCUGGAAUACCUUACGGAUGAGGGAGAUGCAGAGGCUAUUGGGGACCAUACUGAGCCCCCUCUCUGGCUGGUCCUGGAAGGGGUUCAGGACCCCAUGAAUCUUGGUGCUAUUCUGCGCUCUGCAUACUUCCUUGGGGUGGACAGGAUUACUAGCAGCAUCCGUAACAGCUGUCCCUUGACACCCGUCGUGAGCAAAGCCAGCUCGGGUGUGAUGGAGAUUCUAGGGGUGUACGGCUACGAGAACUUGACUGAUAUGUUGAAGGUGAAGGUGAGCCAGGGAUGGCAGGUUAUUGGCACGGUGGGGGCUGCCGAGGUGGGCGUGGACAUGCCUGUCCUUCACUGCGUUGACUUCCAGCUGACCAGGCCUACGCUGUUGCUGAUUGGCGGGGAAGGCGCUGGCCUGUCCUCGGAGUUGCGGCAGCUUUGCCACACCCUGCUCACCAUCGCCCCCCGUCGCGAGCUGCACCCCGCCGUAGAGUCCCUCAACGUCUCCGUGGCGACAGGCAUCCUGCUGCACUCGCUGCUGUCCUCACGGGCCAAAGUGCGUCGAUGACCACAGUGAGGUGUUUGUUUUGGACAAGCUCCCGGCUCCUCAGUACAGUGCUUAGACCGGAUUACAGCGUCAAUUAGCCGGCGGUGCGCAGCGGGCCCUGGAUUGAUUGAGUAUGCUAAUGCAGGUGGCGGGACGGGCGGA